AUGAUCCUUCUUAGUAUUAUUGCUGCCCUAGCGCUAAACAGCGUGGUCAGUUCUGGCAGCCCACUCCCCAAGGUCGCAGACGACUGUGCUCCGAUUCACAUUUUAAGCGCUCGCGGAAGUAAUCAGCCACAGGGCGAGGGACCGACCUUAUCUCCCUUGGUUGACGCUAUUGUUGGUGCCCACCCGGAAGCGUCAAGAGAUUCGAUUGUCUGGCCAGCACUCAUCCUUCCGUACGAUGUAAACUCGCACAACGGGACCUUGGCUGCCACAGCAGCGCUCACCGCGUACGUGAAGAAAUGCCCAGACUCGAAGAUCGUGAUUCUCGGCUAUUCGCAGGGUGCCCAUAUCAUCGGAGACAGCUUGUGCGGAGGAGGAGUCACUGCGAUCGUGUGGUUCGGUGACCCACGCCAUAUUGGAGGUGAAUCGUACAAUAGGGGGACAUCUCGCAGAGAUGGACUUUUUGGACGUCUGCCCUCGCAGUCCUGUGAUUAUUAUGCGGACCGCCUAGAAUCCUACUGCGACACAGGUGAUUUUGCCUGCGACCGUGGCCUUGACCUUCCUGUCCAUGGGGAAUAUAUUCCGAAAUAUACCAAACAGGCCUUGAAGUUUGUGAACGAGAAACUGGGGCAGUAG